GUUAUGUGCAGCUCGCGUUAAUCAUGAAGGUGUUUCUGGUCGUCACGCUCUAUCUCGCCACGUGCAUAUCCUUCACAAGGUCAAAGUCGCUCCGCAGCAGCAAAACCGAUGGAAAUCUUGAAGGUCUUGAGGACACGAUCGUACCCUUGGGGGAUGAACCAGCCGACUACAGAGCUAAGCGCUCGGUGAUGAGGAAGCCAACAGCACUGUCGGAGAUCAUGGGCCCUCUCAGUCGCCGCCAUGCACGAGAUCUCACGGAGUUUCAGAGAAGUGACGCCGUAUAUUUGCGCAUGCGCGGUCUUCUGUCUAUCCUCAAAAUGCUCAUUGGGAAGGAGCCCCAAAUUGAGAUCUUCCACUACGUCAACUGGGACAAAACCAUCAACAUCGACAACCUCUUCUACACCAGACCAACAAGCAUCUUCCAGGUCCGACGCAUCAUCCGGGCGGCGAGGCAUCUGGGCAUGCGCGUCAGGGCGACGGGUGCCGGACAUAGCCGAUCUCCGCUGUAUGUUGACGAAGGCAAUGUCAUGAUGGAUGUCCGAGAUCUCGAGCGACACGACGGACCCCGGAUGCAGAUUAACCCCAAGAACAGCGUCCGAAACUACAAGACGUUGACAGCGAUGACAGGCGUGUACGAAUACGAUCUUAAUGAGUUCAUGGUUCGCAAUGACGUCACAAUGCUGUCACAGCCACUCAACGUGAACGAAACAAUGGGCGGGAUGGUUGCCGCCGCUACACACGGGUCUACGUGGAGCGCCCCCACCUACAGUGGGUACGUCAGGGAACUCCGACUAAUGGACUCUAGUGGCAGACUCCGGAAGUUUACGAUCGAGAGGCACCCGGAGCUGAUGAAGGCUAUCAUUUGUAACCUGGGGAUGUUUGGCAUCAUGUACGACAUCACCAUACAGGUAUACCCUACCCUGAUAGCAAAGGUACACAACCAGUUCGUGCCGCUCGGCUCCCUCAUCUACAACAACACAGCCCUGCGCGACACCGUCACCGGCAACUUUCUGACGGAGAUCUCGUGGUUCCCCUUCAACUCCGUCACGGACGCUGAGGCGGAGGACUACAAGAGGGACGGCACAAUACCAGCAGCAUGGAACGCCAAGCGCGACUCCAUCUGGCUCAGAUCCAUCAACAUCAUCAGCGAGGCUGAACUUGGAGGAAGACCCCUUGAGCCCACCCACUUCCUCCCCACUAACGGUUCUCUGUCUGGAGGCAAGGAGAAGGGUCUUCUCCGUGGAAGGGGCGCUGUGAGCGUUGCCAAACGUGUCCCCAUCGUCAGCUACCACCAUCUUGUCAACGCAUUUCCCGUGAUCCUCCCGCCAAGAUGGGGCACGGAGACCAGUGCCGCCUUCAUGCUCAACAUAGAUAACCAGUUCAUCAGGGCGGCAGAGGCAUUGCAGUUCAUCGUCGAGGAGGCAGAGAAUCAGAUCAAGGCUAACGGCUCCACCCCACUGAACGCCCUCCUUCCCCGCUUCUUCGAGAACUCGGACUGCGACCUUUGCCCCGGCAACCACGACAUCACCCAGGCCGACGACAGUGGCCGCACCCUCGUCAUCGACUUCCUUGCCCCCCCUGCGCAGUAUGGCUUUUACCCCACCGCCAGGAAGUUUGUCGACCAUUUCCGCAACCAGAAGGUCAGACCCCAUUGGGGUAAACGCCACGACAACAUACCCGGGAUCAUUGACCACAUCAAACUCGUCUACGGUGAUAACCUGGACCACUUCCAAAAGAUGCGGAAACUGGCCGAUGUGGACCCAUGUGAUAUGUUCAUGAACUCAUAUCUCCUUGAGAUCUUCGGAAGGAGCGGCACCUGGUGUGCUUAACUCGACGCUCAGUACGCAUGCGCCACUCCAUCGCAUCCUGUUGACUGAAAGGAAGCUAGUGUCAGAUAAAAACGCGAAUGUUGACAGGAAUUGAAGGCACACGCUUCGAGACAAUUAUGUUGUUUUCCCUGAUUACUGUUAAUCAAAAUUUACCCUAAGAGACUUCACGUGGGUUCACGUGACGUGACGUGACGUGACGUUACGCCCAAUCAACGUGAACUGACGAACACCAGCUGUUUUUGUCAACUGAUCACGAAGUCAAAGUUUAGUUUGGGAUAUUCGAAACAACGGAGGAACAGGUGUUUACUUCGAGUUAAACAUCAUAUUCGGGUUAACCGGAGACCAGGGAACAAUGUGUUUCCUUCCCAAAUAUGAGAGAUUCUGUUGAAAUAAUCUUUUCUUAUUUUUCUCAGGUAGUUUGUGAUAUGCGCUUUUAAUGUUUAUCUUUUCAAGCGAAGUGUUUGCUUUUAUUUAGUCCCAAACUAUUGGUGUGAGUUAGUAUGAUUUUACGCCGCUUUUAGCAAUAUUUUUCAGCGAUAUCAUGGCGAGGAUGGGUUUCACACAUUAUUCCUAUGUGGGGAACGAACCCGGGACAUCGGCGUGAAAGCAAACGCUUUAACCGCUAAGCUACUGCCGUCCCCCUUACCCCAAAACAAUUGGAGGAGACGAAUAAUAAUGUGUAAUGUAUGUACUCGACUGUAAAGAAACGGAUAGAACGAUCAGAUUCAGUAGUUCAUACAGCACUAUCAAGGAAUGGACCUUAACGCUAUACAUCGAGAAGGACCGGCUCGCGAAACCUUGAGAUUGAGUUAGCUCCCUUUGGUCUGUCAACCCGAUGAUGGAAACCCAACAUCGAUUUUCUUAUAACACUGUGGUGCAUGAUAGACUGACAGAAGAAUUAUCGAGUGAUAUUUUCAUGAUAUAUUUUUCUUUUGUUAACCGACAACGUUAUAAUAAAAGCGAUGAAGAGGACGUUUUUGAAUGUUACACAAUUAUUCCAUUUAUUUUAAUCUUCAUGAAGACUUACCUUAACCUUUUCUUCAAAUUCUCUCCGAUCUUCCCAACUUUGCAUCGACAAGGUCUCAGAUCCGUAAGAUAUUAAACAAUUAAAAGUUGUUCUGGCGCAUAUGGUACUUCAUGGACAUUGUUGAAAGUAUCACUCAUAAUUGCAUCGAUAUCCGCGUCAUAGUUUUUACUGAGUUUUGUUUGACAGUGUAUAUUUUCCUGCUGAGUCAAAACGUUGUCAUAUGGUAUACGUGUUUUCUUUUUUAUAUAUUUCCAUUAGAAUUCAUCGACAUGACAUAUUAUGCCAGUUUGUGAUGUAUGUCCAUAUCAUGUAUGUAGAUAUUAACAGACUUGUAUAUAAAAUUGUUACACAUUA